GGCUUAAAAAGCAACAAAAAUAAUAAUAUAAGAAUCAGCACAUCAACAUAACGUCUCGUCGCAUUUGGAAAAUGAAAAGUCACAACAAAUAUGCAAAAUUACCCCAAGAUUUAGAUUUAAGUUUCCAAGAACAAUUGGAUGUGGAUGCAGGCGCUUCUGAUGAUUUCAAUUUAGCCGCGGGCAUUGGUUUGGCAGACGAUACUGACGACGAAGAACGUAUCGCAACUACUGGCACAACGGCUGAGGGUCACGCUUUCGACGACGAAGAGGACGAAAUUGUAAUAGCAACAGCUGCAGGCGGCGGUAGUGUAGGAACACGCGCGGAUGUUGGUAGCGGCGGGAUAGCAAGUGUGCGUGUAAACUCGUCAGCGACUGGGGGCGACAAAAAAGUACGAGGCGGUGUUGCCGUUUGUUUGGGCAGUGAUAGUUUAAUCGAGACGGGUUCAACCCUAACGCCCGAAAUGUUGCUGACAACUUCCGAGUCAUCGACGUACAGCGCCUCCGAGGUAGCUGGCCGUCUACAGGUCGACAUACGCACCGGGCUCAAAUGGACCGAGGCUAAAUAUCGUUCGAAAAUUAUCGGUCACAAUGAGUUGAAUGUGAAUGAAGAAGAACCCACGUGGAAGAAAUAUAUUGAACAGUUUAAGAAUCCGCUUAUACUGUUGCUGCUGGGAAGUGCGCUGGUUUCAGUGAUAAUGAAACAGUACGACGAUGCUGUCAGCAUAACGAUAGCCAUCAUCAUAGUGGUAACAGUCGCCUUCAUACAAGAGUAUCGCUCGGAGAAAAGCUUAGAGGAGUUGAAGAAGCUGGUGCCACCUGAGUGUCAUUGCUUGCGCGAAGGACAACUCGAUACGUUUUUGGCGCGUGAGCUAGUGCCCGGCGAUGUAGUAUAUUUGAAUGUGGGCGAUCGCGUGCCCGCUGAUGUUCGACUCUUUGAAGCGAUUGAUCUGUCGAUUGAUGAGUCUAGUUUCACAGGCGAAACGGAGCCGGGACGCAAGAGCACCGAACUCAUAUUGAGUAGCGCAACCAACAAAGAUCACACAAAUAUGAAGAAUGUCGCUUUCAUGGGCACGCUGGUGCGUUGUGGCAAUGGCAAGGGCAUCGUAGUCAGCACUGGCGAGCGCAGCGAGUUCGGCGAGGUCUUCAAGAUGAUGCAAGCCGAGGAAGCGCCGAAGACGCCGCUGCAGAAAUCUAUGGACAUACUCGGCGCACAAUUGAGUUUCUAUUCGUUCCUCAUCAUUGGUGUGAUUAUGCUGUUGGGCUGGCUACAAGGCAAACCACUAACCGAAAUGUUCAAUAUCAGCGUUUCGCUUGCAGUAGCAGCCAUACCCGAAGGCCUACCUAUUGUGGUCACUGUGACGCUGGCACUCGGAGUGAUGCGUAUGGCCAAGCGAAAUGCUAUCGUCAAGAAAUUGCCUACCGUGGAAACGCUCGGUUGCGUGAAUGUCAUUUGCUCGGACAAAACAGGUACUUUGACGAAAAACGAGAUGACAGCAACAAUCAUCAUCACAUCCGACGGCUACAUGGCCGACGUCACUGGCGCAGGCUACAACGACCAAGGCGAGAUACACAUACGCAAUUGCAACAACGUCGAAAUGGCCAAAUCUAAUAUCACCAACUUGCUUGAAAUAGGUGCGGUCUGCAACAAUGCUUACAUACAAAAUGGCACGCUGCUCGGUCAGCCCACAGAGGGUGCACUCAUCGCUGUUGCCAUGAAGAAUGGCAUGUACGCCACGGCGGAAAAUUAUGUGCGCAUACAGGAGUAUCCUUUCUCCUCUGAGCAGAAAAUGAUGGCUGUCAAGUGCAUACACAAAUACAACAAUAACAAGGAGGAAAUUUUCUUUGCUAAAGGCGCAUUGGAAAUGCUUUUGCCACAAUGUACGAAAUACAUGUUUGGCACGCAGACUGUGCCAUUAACGAAGCAGAAUGAGGCGGAAUUCCUAGCGGAGGCAUACGAAAUCGGCCGAAAGGGUUUGCGUGUGUUGGCAUUGGCCAAAGGACGCAGCCUACAGGAUCUUAUUUACUGUGGUCUUGUGGGCAUCACCGAUCCGCCGAGGCCGUUGGUGCGCGAAUCCAUUGAGAUGUUGAUGCAGAGCGGCGUACGCGUUAAGAUGGUCACCGGCGAUGCGCAGGAGACCGCUAUGGCUAUUGCGAAUCUAAUUGGAAUCGACACAAUUCAUCAGCAAACGCUCUCCGGUCAAGAAAUGGACCAACUGAAUGAACACCAACUGGAUAAGGUCGCCAAUAAUGUGAGUGUUUUCUACCGUGUCACACCGCGUCAUAAGCUUGCGAUCGUCAAAUCACUACAACGCACUGGAAAUAUUGUCGGCAUGACGGGCGAUGGUGUUAACGAUGGCGUGGCAUUGAAGAAGGCUGAUAUCGGCAUUGCUAUGGGUAAAAAUGGCACGGAUGUUUGCAAGGAGGCUGCUGAUAUGAUACUAGUUAACGAUGAUUUUCACACCAUCAUCGCUGCUAUCGAGGAGGGCAAAGCGAUCUUCUACAACAUUCGCAACUUCGUACGUUUCCAGCUGAGUACCUCGAUUGCCGCUCUCUCAUUGAUCGCGCUCGCUACUCUCAUGGGCAUCGCAAAUCCCUUGAAUGCUAUGCAAAUACUCUGGAUCAACAUAAUUAUGGAUGGACCACCCGCACAAUCGCUUGGCGUCGAACCCGUUGAUCACGAUGUACUCAAACAGAAGCCGCGCAAUGUCAAACAGCCAAUGAUUACGAAAUCGGUGAUCGUGAAUGUGUUGCUUAGCGCCAGCAUAAUUGUGCUCGGCACGCUGUGGGUAUUUCAGCGCGAAAUGGCCGAUGGCACGAUGGGUAAAACGAAACGCGACACCACCAUGACAUUCACAUGUUUUGUCUUUUUCGAUAUGUUCAAUGCGCUGGCAAGCCGCUCAGCCACAAAGAGCGUCUUCAAGAUCGGUUUGUGCACGAAUCGCAUGUUCCUGCUUGCUGUUGGUUUCUCGAUUAUCGGACAAAUGUUGGUCAUCUAUUUUCCGCCACUACAAAUGGUAUUCCAAACGGAAGCGCUUUCCGCCUACGAUAUACUCUUCUUGGUCUCACUCACGUCAUCAGUGUUGAUCGUGGCGGAGAUUAAGAAGUGGUUCGAACGCACAAUGGAGCGUAAGAUGUUCAAGACUCGCUCCGAGUUGGAUUUCGUAUGACAAAAAGCAAGCGCUGGAAGAAAAUCGUCAAUCGUAAAGAAUGAUUAAGCUUAGCAAAAUACACACACACACACACACACACAAACUACAAACAAACAACACGUAUCAAGGACGAUGGAUGAAGGCGGAAGAGAGAGAAAAAUAAAGAUAGAGGAAGAAAACGAAGUGGGCGGGCGAAUGAACGAUGAAGAGGCGAA